UUACGUCAAGUAAUUCUUUAGUCCUUAGUAAACAAUAAACUUAGUCGAAUGUAGAGUGACAAAUUAAUUGAUAAUAUAUUUUAAUUAACAUGUUUAAAUAAAGUGGACAAUGUGUCAAUACAAUAAAAUUGUGUUUUCAGUAUUAAUUCUAUUACCAUGUGCAAUUUCGGUAUCGGCCCAAUCGAACAGAGUCUCCAGAUGCUUCCAGUACACAUGGCUAGGGCCCAGGUAUAACAAUGAGAGCGUGUUCCAAAACGCCACAUGUCAAGACGCCACCAGGUUAGCCAGCGGGGUUCCGUGUCAGAGACCACUAGUCGUCACCUAUGACGGCACUUGGCCUGAUACCGAAUAUAUUUGGGCACAUCAUCUUCUAGAGGCUUCGUGCAUAUUAGCGGAUAAUGACGUGUGCGCCACUUACACUUAUUACUUUAAUGGAUUUGUGGAAAACUCGACCGCUAUGUGCACUCGAGCAAUAGACUCAGAUGGGGAAGCAGUCAGGUCUGGAUGUUAUACACAGACUAACGGCAGCUAUGUAACCUCUGUGUGCUUCUGUCGUCUAAUAAUCAAAAUGUAUUCUGUGUUAACCAGAGGAAACGCUAUACUUACUUACACUCUUAGUGUACUAGCAUGUCUUACUUUCUUAUGUUUUCUGUCCACGUUAACAGUUGAUUACAGAACCGCCGCACAAAUGAAUACAGUAAAAGUAGUUGUCAAAAAUGUGCCGGACUACGGUGCCUCUAGGGAGAGGAAUGAUCUUGGCUUCCUGACGUUCGACUUGAAAACAGAUCUAACUCAGCUUUUCAAUUGGAAUGUAAAACAAUUAUUCCUAUACUUAACAGCAGAAUAUAUUACACCAAACAAUGAACUGAAUCAGGUUGUAUUGUGGGACAAAAUCAUCCUAAGAGGUGAAAAUGCACUCCUAGACUUUAAAAAUAUGAACACAAAAUAUUACUUCUGGGAUGAUGGUAAUGGUUUAAAAGCACACAAUAAUGUCACACUGACAUUGUCAUGGAAUAUCAUUCCUAAUGCAGGUCUCCUGCCCAACAUACAAGCCAUUGGCCAACAUUCCUUUAAAUUCCCUACAGAGUACACUCAAACAAGAGUAUGAUCCAGGGGAUAUUUUUAAAAAAUAUAUUCCUGAUUCUUUUAGUAUGAGGGAUGAAAGUAAGGUCGCAAGUUUCAAUUAUAAAUCUCUAUUCAAAA